GUGCGGUUGAGGGGACUUGAAAAGAGGGCGGAGCCUCCCGCGAGCGCGCUCAACCGCCAACAACGUCCGAAAAAGGCAGCGCCUGUCAAGAGGAAGGAGGGAGUUGGGGGCGCGCACGCCCGGCCUCGUCAACCGCCAGCCGGCUCCGUCGUCGGUGCUGUUACCUCAGAGAAGCGGCGGCGCUUGGGGUCGCGCGCCACACCCCCUCUGGUGAGCCGGACGGGAGUGGAAAUGGCGUCCUCGCCGGUUCCUGAGUCGGCCCCAGAGCCGGGGGGCAGCGGCACCCAUUCGGAGCGGGAGCUGCUUCUACGUCGCGGGGAGCUCCUGGCGCUGGGCAACCACCUGAAAGAGGCUCUGGAGACUUACUCGGCGGCGCUGCGCCUGGGCUCGCCCAGCUCCCGCCGCCGCCUGGGCGCGCUGGUGGACUGCCUGGUACUGCACUACCGCCUCCGGCAGAGCGGCGAGAGAGCGGUCGACGCGCCGAGGGAAGGCGGCGGAGAGAGAGCGGCGGCGGAGCAACCGCAGGGGACCGCCGCCCGGGAACACUGUUCCUCCGCGGCGGCGGGGCUCUUCCGCUGCCCCGGCUGCGAGGGCUUCCUGGGCGAGCCGGUGGUGGCGCCGUGCGGGCACGCCUACUGCCGCCGCUGCGUCCACGAGCACCUCCGCGCCCGCUGCCGCCGUUGCGGGGACCCGCUGGCUUCGUCGCCCGUCGCCGUCGCCCUGGGACACCUGGCGGAGAAGUGGUUCCCGGAGGAGUGCAAGAGGGCUCGCACCUGGCGGCGCCUCGGAGAGAUGCUCGUGCAAGGGCAGCUGCGGGAAGCCAGCGAAGCCGCCAGCCAGGCCCUCGAAGAGGAUCCUAGUGAUUUGAUACUACGGGUUUAUAGAGCUGAAUCCUAUGCUGGCCUCCAAGAAUUUAAAUCUGCCCUGGAUGACCUGAAUGCUGUUACUGCUAAAAUGCCAAAUUGGUCUGAGGUCUACUUUCGGAGAGCAAGAAUACUUAAUAAUGCUGGGUCUAAAGAUGAUGCCUUACAGCUCCUUCUUCAUUGCCUAGCCCUUGAUGAAGAAUUUAUUCCAGCAAAACUAGAAGUUGAGAAGAUGCUGUGUGAUUUGUUAUCACCAGAAAGUGUGAGAAAGAGUCUGAAGGAAUCUGCUAUGAAUUCUUCACAUGUUCGAAUUAAACCAUUUAUACAUGGUUCUGAAAUGGAAGAGUCUUGUGAAAAUUUGCAGCAUAGUUCAGAGCCAGAUUUAGAAAUGCAAGAGCCUGUUGGAGGAAGCCUGCAUCGUGCACAGUCUGCCCAUUCUCUCAAUUCAACAGAAAUAAAUGCCAAAGACGAUGGAUUAAAAAGGGUUUCUUCUGAACCUCUGCUUUCCAGCCAAGAUAAAGGUGCUUUAUUAAAAAGAAAGUGGUCCCUUUCAGAACAAGAUGUUAAAGUUAUUGAAGAUGGAAGGAAUAAACAUAAAAAACAAGGAGAAACUACAAAAAGGGACGCCACCUUCCCAUUCAAUUAUGGACCAGUUCCAGAGGAUUUGAUUGAUGUUUCAGACUUUGAGUGUUCAUUGUGUAUGAGGCUUUACUUUCAUCCUGUGACGACACCCUGUGGCCAUACUUUCUGUAAGAAUUGUUUAGAACGAUGUUUAGACCAUUCUCCUCAGUGUCCUCUCUGUAAAGAAAGCUUAAAAGAGUAUUUGGCAAGUAGAAAAUAUAGAAUUACACAGCUGCUGGAAGAACUAAUAGUAAAAUAUUUACCUGCUGAGCUAUCAGAGAGAAAAAGAAUUAAUGAUGAAGAAACAGCUGAAUACUCAAGCUUGACUAAGAAUGUUCCAAUCUUCGUUUGCACUAUGGCCUAUCCAACUGUGCCUUGUCCCCUCCAUGUGUUUGAGCCAAGGUAUCGACUGAUGAUUCGAAGGAGUGUAGAAACAGGGACAAAACAAUUUGGGAUGUGUAUCAGUGACCCUAAAAAUGGCUUUGCAGAUUAUGGCUGCAUGCUGUACAUUAGAAGCCUUGACUAUCUCCCAGAUGGACGGUCUGUUGUUGAUACAGUUGGAUUUAGAAGAUUCAGAGUUCUGCAAAGAGGGAUGAAGGAUGGCUACUACACUGCAGACAUUGAGUAUCUAGAAGAUAUAAAGGUUGAAGAUGAAGGUGAGAUGAAGAAACUUGGAGUGCUCCAUAAUUUUGUAUAUAGCCAAGCUUGCAGUUGGUUCCAAAGCUUAAGAAACAAAUUUCGUAGCCAAAUACUUCAGCACUUUGGUCCAAUGCCAGAGAGGGAAGGAAACAUACAGGGAAUGGCUAAUGGACCUGCAUGGUGUUGGUGGCUUCUAGCUGUCCUGCCUGUGGACCCUAGAUAUCAGCUUUCUGUGCUGUCUAUGAGAUCUUUGAGAGAACGACUAAUAAAAAUUCAAGAUAUAUUGAUGUAUUUCUCUAGAGACCAGUCCAAAUGACUGACUGUCCGGAUCUAGCUGAAACAAUACCCUAUUCUAGCUGUAACUAAGUACAGCUGGAGUUCUUGCAGCAUUUGCACUUUUAGUACUGGUCUGAGAACUGUAUCAGAACUGCUUUCUUUCUUCCUUUAUUAAUCAGUUCUUCACAUGGGUCCCCUCAACUUGAAGGGCACCACUAAAAUUGCACACAGAAAAAUUAAAUCCAGAAAAAACUAUGGGAAAAUUCUACUUUAUUUGCACUAUAUACAAGUGAGAAUGUAUCAUCCUAUGAUGUAUUUCCACUGAUUGCAUUGAAAAGUGCAAGAUUUAAAAAUGUCCAAGUUUACAAUAUUAAGGAUGCAUUCAAAAUCUUGCAAAUCAGAACUUGCCUCUGAUACAGCACCCUGUUGCUAUUUGCACAAAGUAUUUAAAACAUAGUAUUGAAUGUUGCUAAAAAAAACAUCUGUUUUGUGAGUGUCUUAACUAUAAAUAUGGCACAAGUUAACUUCCUUGCAUACUUUCAAAAUAAAAACAAUUGUAUGAAUUUGGAGCCAUGUUAAAGAACAAUUGAAAAAUAGGUUGGUCAAGAAGUUAUUGAAACUGUGAACACAUUACCUAUAACUGUGCAUUGUGAGAGACUGGAUUAGAUACAGAUGACUACUAGAUGACUCUUUGGAGUGGUUGCUUUGAGCACUAGUCUUUCCAAUACAUAACAAAAAUAUGAUUUAAUGCACUAAGCAUACAACAGUGAUUCCUAAACUUCUCUGACAAAUGAGCAGAUUUGAAAAUACUAUCAGUGACUGCUUCUCUUUGCUCCAUGAGUCAGCUGCAGCUCACUCACCAUACCCUUCUAGGCAACUCAUGAAAGUUUGGGAACUACUGAAGCAUUGCUACAAAAGUUAAGGGUCUAACUAGUUUUUGAAAGUUCAAAAACAUUUGGUGCAAAUAGGACUUCCAUGCCUUAUUCAUAUCGCUAUUACACAGCAAUGCAAAGGUUAGCAUUCUGCUUGCCAAUAGGUACUUUUGUAGUUUUGUUUGUGAAUGUCUGACUUGUAUGUGAAAUCAUUUUGUAAAACUCUUGCUUUUGCUAAUAUUUAAUUUUCAAUAAACCUAAAACUUUUAUUUUUUUUUAACUUA